AUGUUUUCUCCACCAAUAGCUGAUAUUAUUGAGAUAUCAAAUUCAUUAGAUGGCGAUUUUUCCUUACAAGUUAAUCCAUUAACUGUGAAAGAAAGUGUUACUGUUACACCAAAAACUACCGCAGCUGCAACAUCUACCAACUCAUCAUCAUCAUCAUCAUCAUCAACAAUCAAUAAACGUUAUUGUUCAAAAUUUAAAAAAGAGUGGUUAUUCAAUUCGAGUUUCUCUACGUUUUUACGAGAAUGUAAAACGGAUCCUACAAAAGCUUUAUGUGUUGUUUGUAAUAUACAAUUUUCCAUUCAAAAUAGUGGAGUUGGUGAUAUUAAUCGUCAUACAAAAUCGAAAAAACACCUAGAGUAUUUGAAAUCAACUGAAUCUAAUCGAUCAAAACCUAUUUAUGAAACAUUUCAUAUGGCAACAUCAGAACUUAAUAAAUUGUGUGCUGCAGAAGGCACUAUGGUUUUUCAUGCUGUUCAGCACUCUCACAGUUAUAUUUCACAAGACUGUACAAUUAAUUUAAGUAAAAAAUGCUUUCCAGAUUCUUCAAUAGCAAAAAACAUUACUUGUAAUCGAACUAAAGCUCGUGAAAUAGCAUGUAAUGUACUUGCACCAUCGAUUACAAAUUCUGUUGUUCUUGAAUUGCUUGAUGUUGCAUUUUUCUCUGUUUGUUAUGAUGCUUCCAACAAAGGAAAUGCUAAAAUGCUUCCAAUCGUAGUUCAGUUUUUCUCAAAAUUUGGUGUUAAACAUGGGAUUCUUGAGUUCAUUGAACAACAACAUGAAUCAGCUGAUGCAUUAUUUAAUAAUAUAAAAUAUGUGAUAGAAGCAAAUGGUCUUAAUCUUAAUCAACUCGCUUCAAUUGGGUCCGAUAACACCAACGUGAAUGGUGGUAAUAAUCACAGCGUAUUUUCUUUAUUUAAUAAGUUGUUACCUCAUUUAAUUAAAGCCAAUUGUUAUUCUCAUAUUCUUCAUAACUCAGUAAAACAUGGAAAUGAAUAUUUGUUGUUUGAUAUUGAAGGUGUAUUAUUAAAGAUAUAUGCGCAUUUUGGUAGAUCAUCAGUUCGUUCACAAGAGCUUGAGAAAUAUUUCGAAUUUGCUGAACAAGAGCAAAAAGUAAUUCUUAAACACAUUCGAAUACGAUGGCUUAGUCUUUUACAAUCGAUUGAACGUCUUAUUGCUGUAAAUCCAGUUAUUAAAAGUUAUUUUUUAAAUCUUGAAAACAAUGAAUGUCCGGACUUGUUGUUGAACUUUUUCACUUCAAAUAAAGGUGAAUGUUCAUUGUACUUUUUAGCGAACAUUUUACCAGAAGUGCAAGCUGCUAAUUUAUCAUUACAACGUGAAUAUACAACUGGUGUUAAUUUACAUAAUAUCAUUACAAGUUUAAUUCGUAAACUAAAUAACCGUUUACAAGAUGAUUUUUUUGGUUGUAAAGUUGAUGGUUUAUAUAAUGACUUUAAUAAUAUAAAAUCGAAAUAUAUUGAAUUGAAAGAAAAAUACGGUGAAAUUAAUAAGCAAAUACAGUCAUUUCUCUCGUCAAAUUUAGGUGUAUCAAAACGAGCGGAAGCACGAGUGAAUGAUGGUGAUAGUCAAAGUUUAUGUGAAGAUACACAUGAUUUUGAUUCCGAUGAUGAUGAACGUGAUGCUAAAUGUCAUAAAAAUCAAAAAGAAAAUCAUCCAGUGAGAGUUGAUCAUUUGUGGGCGUAUUUACUUGAUGGUGAAAGUGUUCCUAACUUAAAAAAGCUUGUUCAAUUUGUAUUUUCUAUUCCUGCUUCAAAUGCAUUUUGUGAAACAAUCUUUAGUCAUAUGAAAUAUUUAUGGAAUGACAACAGAAAUCGAAUGAACCAUGAUUUAGUUGGAGCUGAGUUAAAGAUUAAAAUGAACACUCAUUUUACUUGUACACAAUUCUAUGAUUAUCUUUUAAAUGAACCAGAUCUUUUGAAACAGAUUCGAUCGUCAGAUAAGUACAGUCACGUCGCAAAAGUGCCACGAAUUGCUGAGUAA